AUGUACCAAACAGGAAAGCUGGCCCAAGUCACCAGAGAAAUGGAUAACUACAACAUUGAGCUACUAGCCGGACCGGUCAGAGACCAACAGGGAAACAUCAUGUCCAAAGAGGAAGAAGUCUUGCUGUGCUGGAAAGAACACUCCGAGAAAGUGCUGAACCGAGAAGAUUCAGAUAUAGAAGCAAACAUUGAACCUGCAGCCGACAGCCUGGACAUCAGCACAGAACCACCCAACAUUGAGGAGGCGAAAAGAACAUAUCAUAGAAAACAAAGUAACGAAUGGAACGCAACCGUCUAUGCCAACUUCAUAGACUUUUCCAAGGCCUUCGACAGUAUUAACACAGCCGCUCUCUGGAAAAUCCUCGCCCACUACGGGAUCCCAGACAAAUUAAUCUCUAUCAUGAAGAUGCUGUACAAUAACUUCAGCGCCAGAGUCAUAUGUGGAGUGAAACAAGGCUGUAUCUUAUCCCCACUCCUCUUCACCCUCUGCUUGGACUGGGUACUAAAGAGAGUCACCAAGAGCAAGCAAAGAGGAAUCACCUGGACAUUCACCAAGAGUCUAGAAGAUCUUGACUUUGCUGACGACAUUGCCCUGCUCGCCCAACGUUUCCAAGACAUCCAAAGCAAAACACAAGACCUUGCCACAACAGGAGAAACGAUUGGCUUGAAGAUCAACACCAAUAAGACCAAAAUUCUCAAGAUAAAUGCCAAAUCUACACUGCCAGUAUCCCUUGGAAGUACAAACAUCGACGAAGUUCAGGACUUCUCCUAUCUUGGCAGCAAGAUCACAGCCAAUGGCAACUCAGAAGCAGAUGUAAAGUCAAGAAUAGGCAAAGCUAGCGGAGUGUUCAGUUCACUGAAGAACAUCUGGAGGUCAAAAUCAAUGAGCACAAUCACCAAACUGCGAAUCUUCAACAUUCUUCGAGUCCUAUUGGAAUCCUGGAAAAUAUCCCACAACAUCUGCAACAAACUUGAUGUAUUCCAAACCAGAUGUCUCAGAAGAAUACUUCGCAUCUUCUGGCCAAGCACCAACUCAAAUGAAGAACUGUACAUGUGCACGAACACCAGCCCACUGUCCCUCGAGAUCCAGAAUAGAAAAUGGCGUUGGAUCGGUCAUGUCUGCAGGAUGCACCCAGAUUCCAUACCAAGGGUUGCUAUGCGAUGGACACCAACAGGAAAAAGAAACAGAGGACGUCCAAAGGAGACAUGGAGAAGAUCUGUGGAGGCAGAGAUGAAGGUCGCAGGGUGGACCUGGGGACAGGUGCAUCAAUGGGCCCGGGAUAGACAGCAUUGGAAAACUCUAGUUACGGCCUUAUUUGCUAAGAGCACGAAGAGGAUAAAAGUCCAAAUUCGUCUGGCAAGACGCAAUCCAAUUACCCAUGCCAAAGAACUGCGCCGGAGAGUGGGAGUCCGAUUCUCCAGGAGUGUCAUCAGAAGGAGUCUGUGGGAUGUUGGUCUGAGGAACGUCGUCCGAUCAGAUAUCCACAAGCAGGAACAUCUGCCGUUGUUCUACGCUCUGAAAAAAUGGUGUAGGGUGGUCUGA